GAGGUUAGCAAGAUGAAGGUCACUGCCGUAGGUCCACAAAUGCGUGCGUUCAACACACGUGUACGUCAGUUUUCUGCUCAGGCACACUUUACCCGCCCUACCGUUGUCUUUGUUAAAGAAGCAGCAGUACGUCAGAACUCUCUAUUAGGACCUGCAGACAAGCAAUUCCCUUUGCCAGGUGAUGUUUGUCACAAAGUCUUGCUGCAGGACCAACCAGUCACAAAGGCGAUGGAUUUAUGCGGUUAG